GGGAGGUGUGAGGGGGCUCCACCGAGGGAGUCGGAGCUGAGCUGCUGGGUGCCCCCCGGAAUAGAGACAAAACUGCUGGGGCCUCAUGGGGAACUAUGUCGGAGGGAGUCUGUCUCUGCUGUGCCCCCUGGCCCGGCAGGGAGUGGUGCAUUAGGACCAGGGGCUGGAGGUGCUGCCAUGGGGCCCGCCUGGUGCUUGGCCAUUGGCCUGCAGGUGCUGCUCCAAGGUGGAGAUCACAGAAUGUUAGGGAUUGGAAGGCACCUCAAAACAUCAUCUAGUCCAAUACCCCUGCCUGAGCAGGAGAUCACAGAAUCACAGAACAGUAGGGGCUGGAAGGGACCUCUAGAGAUCGAGUCCAAUGCCCCUGCAAAGCUGGCCCCCUACAGCAGGCUACACAGCUAGAGAUGGGUGAUGCACUCGUGCCAAACAUGCUGCCUUGUGUCUGAGAGUUCAGGGGGGUCCAGCCAGAGAUUGGAAGCUAUUUGUGCAAACCUUCCAACAAAGAACUGCUGCAGAGUUGUCUGUUGUGUUGGGGAUUCAUGUCUGGGCCUUGCACACCACCCACAAUGUAGAUACAAACAUGAUUGCAGCUCACAUUCAGCUGUGGUUUGGGAGCAGGAGCUCAGCCCAUUUCCCAGGUCAGGGCUCAGCCCCUGCCAGCAGGCAGCUCAUGCUUGGCUUUUGCCAAAGCUGUGUUAGCAGCCAGCAACGUGGUUGGCAAGUGCUUGGGUUGGGCGACUCAGCACGCUUUGCCUGGCACUAGGCAUUGCCCAGAAGUCCCAGAGGAGUAAGGCAGAGGGUCUGUAGUUCAGCCAUGGUGUUUCCUUUGCAGAUCUCCCCUGGAGCAUGAGUGCUGGAACUGCCAAAGAUGGCAUGCACUCUUGCCCCCAGCCCAGCAAAUACUUGAUGAGGAAAGGUGUUGCUUCUCCAGUUUACUGUGAUUUUCAAGAUCUGAGGGAGAGGAAACUGAGGCACAGAUGGAGGAUGGUCACUCCCUUUUUGAUUACAGUGUUGGACUGAACGAUAUUGUUCAGCUCUUGGUCAGACAAAGCCCAGCAGUGCUUCCUGCUGUGAGUAAGGAGAAGGAUUCAGAGCUCUCUGAUACAGACUCUGGCUGUGGCUCAGGUCAAAGUGAAUCCGACAAAAGCUCUCACAAUGGAGAAGGUGCCAUGGACCUGGAGGGGCAGUCUAGCACGGCAGCACAGGCUGACUGGGCUGACCCAGGAUUUGGCCUCUAUAAGAUCCAUGACUUGGUUGAUGCUCGUGAUAUGAAUAUGGGAGCAUGGUUUGAAGCCCAGGUUGUAAAUGUAACCAGAAGGAAAGCUGCAAAUGAGAGUUGUGCAGUUGCUGAUCAGCAGACAACCAUUCCUGAAGAAGAUGUAAUAUAUCAUGUGAAAUACGAAGAUUAUCCAGAGAAUGGAGUUGUGGAACUGAGUUCGAAUGAUGUACGGUCUCGUGCACGGACUAUCUUGAAAUGGCAUCAGCUAGAAGUAGGACAGGUGGUGAUGGUCAACUACAAUCCUGAUGAACCAACAGAGAGAGGUUUUUGGUAUGAUGCUGAGAUCCUGCAGAAAAGGGAAACAAAGCUGAUCAGGGAGAUAAAUGCGAAGAUACUACUUGGGGAGGCUGGUGAUUCUUUGAAUGACUGCAGAAUUAUAUUUGUGGAUGACAUUUAUAAAAUUGAAGAACCAGGCAGUGUUUGUCCAAUUAGUGCCAGACCAUUAAAACGACAAAGUGGACCUGUGUGUAAAGCUUGUAAGGACAACCCGAACAAAACCUGCAGGAUCUGUGCUUGCCAUAUUUGUGGGGGUAAACAAGAUCCUGAUAAACAGCUCAUGUGUGAUGAGUGUGAUAUGGCUUUCCACAUCUAUUGCCUCAACCCUCCCCUUAGUAGUAUACCAGAUGACGAGGACUGGUAUUGCCCUGAAUGUCGAAAUGAUGCAAGUGAAGUGGUUCUGGCAGGAGAGAAAUUAAAAGAAAGUAAAAAGAAACAAAAGAUGGCAUCUGCUAAUUCAUCAUCACGGAGAGACUGGGGCAAGGGUAUGGCAUGUGUUGGUCGCACAAAGGAAUGUACCAUUGUACCCUCUAACCACUACGGACCAAUUCCUGGUAUUCCAGUUGGCACCAUGUGGAAGUUCAGAGUUCAGGUGAGCGAAUCUGGUGUUCACAGGCCCCAUGUGGCUGGAAUACACGGCAGAAGUAAUGAUGGUGCUUAUUCCUUAGUUCUAGCAGGGGGCUAUGAAGAUGAUAUAGAUCAUGGGAAUUCCUUCACAUAUACAGGGAGUGGAGGUCGUGAUCUUUCUGGAAACAAACGUACAGCAGAACAGUCUUGUGAUCAAAAGCUCACCAAUAUGAACAGAGCUUUGGCUCUAAACUGCAGUGCUCCCAUCAAUGAUAAAAAUGGAGCUGAAGCUAAGGACUGGAGAGCUGGAAAGCCAGUCCGAGUGGUGAGGAAUGUAAAAGGAGGCAAACACAGCAAAUAUGCUCCUGUAGAAGGGAACAGAUAUGAUGGCAUAUAUAAAGUCGUUAAAUACUGGCCUGAGACAGGGAAAUCUGGGUUUCUAGUAUGGCGUUACUUGCUUAGGAGAGAUGAUGAAGAACCUGCUCCUUGGACCAAAGAAGGAAAGGACAGGAUGAAGAAGCUUGGCCUAACAAUGCAGUAUCCUGAGGGGUAUUUGGAAGCCGUUGCAAACAAAGAUAAAGAAAAUAAUGGAGAUGAUGAGUUUGAUACUCCAGGGAAAGGAAAGAGGAAAAGGAAAUCAGCAGGUGCAGAGGAGAAAGUCGUUAGCUCUCCUGCAGGGACUCCGAAGAAAACGAAAGUUGAGCCAUACAAAUUGACAACUCAGCAAAAAUCUCUUAUAAGAAGUGAUGAGGCCAAUGAAAAACUGUGGAAUGAAGUACUAGAUGCUCUCAAAGAUGGACCGAAAUUUCUGAAUAAAGUUGAAGAGGCUUUCUUGUGUAUUUGCUGUCAAGAGGUUGUGUUUCGGCCAGUCACAACUGUAUGCCAACAUAAUGUGUGCAAGGAUUGCUUGGAUAGGUCCUUCAAAGCUGAUGUGUACAGUUGUCCAGCCUGCCGCUACGAUCUUGGCAAAAACUAUACCAUGCAAGUGAAUGAAACACUGCAGACCAUUCUAACUCAGCUCUUUCCUGGAUAUGGCAACGGACGGUGAUUCCAUAAAGCACUUCUAAUUUUCUUUUGUUCAAACUUAUUAAUGGAUUUUACAUGGGCUUAAUUUAAGAAAAAAACGCAGUUGGUGUUCUCCCAGACCCUUAGAAAAAAAAAACAACAAAAAACCCACCAUAUUUAAAACAAAUAAACAAAAAAACUAUGAACUUCCCAGAUGUUCUAGGUUUUUGUUUUUGUUCUAAAUGUUGAACUUUGUACAAUUUUUCCCCCUCAAAACUGCCAUCCAUCAGCACAGUUUAUUAUAUAUAUAUUUUUAAUGGGGAUUUACAAAGUGCUUUCAGUAAGGCUGCUGACAAUUGUGAAAGUCUCUCUGCUUUCUCUGUCCCUUCUCCCCACAUUUUUAUUUUUGGUUUAUUCAAAAAAAUGGCUUGGUUGCUAGAACAAUCUUCAACAUUUGGGAUUUGGCCAUAAAGGUAGAUUUGUCCAUCGCUUUGGCAGCAUUUUGGAGCUCAAUUUGUAUAGGAUGGUUCCUGGCUUACGACUUCUGUUUUUCUAACACAAGUAGGUAUUUGUUAUUUUUUCAAUAACUUUUUUUAUAUAUUUGACAAACUUAUCAAAGCCAUUUCCUGCUAAUUUUGUAUGUCCAAGCAAACAAACUGCUGGCUUACAGUCAAGUAGUUAGAGCAAUAUGAAGUACUACCUCAGUUGGACUUCUUAUUAGGGAAAUAUUUGUUCAGCCAGGUGCUGUCUUCUGUCCUGAAAUGCCAUUAUGGAAUAUACUAAAGCCAUUCUUAAGUGCCUUUUUUCUUUUUUUUUUGGAAAUACCGGGCCCAGAAUCACUAUAUAUAUAUAUAUAUAUAUAGUGUGUGUGUGUGUAUACACACACGUAUUAUAUAUGUGUGUAUAUACACACACACACACAUAUAUAUAUACACACACACGUGUGCAUAUAUAUAUAUAUAUAUAUAUAUAUAAUUUUCUCUUGUAAGCACUGAACUGUUUAAACCUGCCAACCAGAUUUUGUUCUUUGAGUAAAAUAUCACACUGUAGCUGUAUAUGAUUAGCAUGGAUUUGCAAACUUUCAGGUUUCCUCCUAAUGCUAGAUGUGUGAUGGUAACGUGAAUUUAUAUAUAUAUUAUUUUUUUUCCCCACUGCAUUUCUACCUAGAAAUGGAGAAUAAUUAUUUUUGACAUUUGGAAACAUUUUGGUUAUUGUAUAUGACACCAAGAAGGCUUGCUUUUGUGAAUGGAUUGUCUUUUUCUAACAUAACCAAAGUUUGCAGUUUAAUACCUCAGUGAGACAGAGAUGUUUUUAAUCACAUUUGACUGCAGACAGACUGGAACAAACGUGCGUGGUUUUGUUUUUCUUAACUCUUACUCUUUUAAAAUUAUAAUGUUAAUAUGUUAGGGAAAAAUGUUUUAUAGGCUUUUUGCUGAAUUUGUUAAUUUUUGUACAAUGUGCAAGUUGAAGUUUUCAAAAUAAAUAUCUUUUCAGAUGAAA